AUGCCCAAGACGCAGCCCAACCUCUACGCCUUUUCCGGCGUCGACACGCUCGCCCCGGCCCUCCGGCAAUACAUCAUCCAGAGCCAAAACGCCGGCUUCGCGCGUCACGACAGCUUCAAGGUGGCCGUGUCCGGCGGCUCCCUGCCCAAGACGCUCGCCGCCGCGCUCCUCGCCCCCUCCUCACCGGGCGCCGGCGCCGACGCCCUCGACUUCUCCAAGUGGGAAAUCUUCUUCGCCGACGAGCGCGCCGUGCCGCUCGACCACGCCGACUCCAACUACGCCCUGCUCAAGGCCGAGCUGCUCGACAAGCUGCCCGCCGACCGGCAGCCGACGGUGCAUCCGAUCGACGUCGCCGCCCACCUCGACGACACGCAGGAGCUCGCCGACGCCUACGAGCAGACGCUCGUCGCCUCGUUCGCCUCGCGCGACUCGGUCCGCCUGCCCAUCUUUGACCUCGUCCUGCUCGGCUGCGGGCCCGACGGCCACACCUGCUCCCUCUUCCCCCACCACGCCCUGCUGCGCGAGGCCACCGCCUGGGUCGCCCCCAUCGACGACUCCCCCAAGCCGCCCGCCCGCCGCAUCACCCUCACCCUGCCCGUCGUCACCCACGCCGUGCGCGUCGCGUUCGUCGCCACCGGCGCCGCCAAGAAGGAAAUCAUGAAGCAAAUCUUCGACGCCGCGGAUGGCCUGCCCUGCACGCUCGUGAAUGAGGGCGCCGGCGACCGCUGCAGCUGGUUCGUCGACGAGCCCGCUGUCCAGGGCGUGAGCUUCCCGCGCCGCUCGUUCCUGUGA